UGCUGUCAAAUUUGACAACCAUCGGCCAUUUGUAGUUCAGUGAAGAAAUCAGAACGCAUCGCGGCGACGAUUUUCGUUCACAAAUAACUAAUUUAUCGUUGCAGAAAAGCGCUGCUAAUCGUGAGUGAUAGUGAUAUCGAGUGAACAUCACCAUGCCGGCGUUGGACGAUAUUAAAUCUUCGUGGGCUGAUGAGGUCGAUUCGGACUCUGGAUCGCUCCCUCCACCUUCCGAGGUUAUCGAGAACGGACAAAAGAUCGUAACGGAGUACAAGUACAACAAGGAUGACAAGAAAAUCAAGGUGGUGCGCACGUACAAAAUCAGCCGGAUUGUGGUGCCGAAGUGUGUUGCUAGACGGAAGAACUUGGCCAAGUUCGGCGACUCGGCCACCGACCGCCCGGGUCCGAACCCUCAGACAACCAUGGUUUCGGAAGACGUUUUCAUGCAGUUCAUCACGAACAAGGAGGAAGAACAGAAGAACGAAAACGCCCUAGACUCGAUGAAAAACAUCGUCAAGUGUCGUACUUGUGAGGGAGAGCAUUGGUCAUUCCAUUGUCCAUACAAGAACAGCGCGUUCGACAAGCCGACUAAGCCUGCGGCAGCUCCGGUUCCGGAAACGACAACAUCUAGCAAGCCGGGCAAAUAUGUUCCGCCACACAUGAAGGAAACUCAAGGCAAGCCUGGCAUUGGUGGGGCGAUGCGUGGACGUGAUGACACUAGUGCGAUUCGUAUUUCGAACCUGUCCGAGGCCAUGACAGAGGCAGAUUUGGAGGAAUUGGUGAAGAAAUUCGGACCACACACCAAAAUGUUUUUGUCUCGCGACAAGAGCACCGGUCUGUGCAAAGGUUUCGCCUACGUUCACUUCCGUUCCCGCCGCGAUGCAGCAACUGCGAUCGAAGUUCUCAAUGGUUAUGGUUACGAUCAUCUGAUUUUAAGCGUUGAAUGGUCCAAGCCGCAAAACCCGCAGUAAAGAGGAUUGUAGGAGUACCGUGAAGUGAGUAUUACGGCGUGAAUAUCUUCUGUUUUGUGUGGUGAUUGUCCAUGGUGUUUGCUUUAACACGAGGAGAGAUCAUGGAACUACGGGCAGAGGACACGGAGAUAAAAAAGAAACUAAAUAUAAAAAGGACGAGAAAGGGGAA